GACAUUCGGCUUUUCCACACCGAACCGAUAACAAAUGUCAAAAAAUUGAUUAUGUGGUAAAUAAAAAAAAUAUAAGCUUUAUUUUCUUGUACAUUUUUUUAAAUAAAAUAUAAAACUAAAUGGCGGAAAUAACAUCAAUAAGAUAUAGAGGAAAAAACAACAUUAUCGAGCUUGCCAAAAAUCUUGAUGCUUUUAAAAAAGUACCAGAAAAAUACACUGAAACAACAGAAAUAGGUGGAACGUUAUCUCUGUUAAGUCGAUUGUUAGUUGUUUAUCUCAUUUACAAAGAAGUUUCUUAUUAUUAUGAUGCCAAUCCAGUUUUUAAGUUCAAACCCGAUCUCGAUAUGGACGAUAAAGUCCAAUUCCAUGUUGACAUCACAGUAGCAAUGCCAUGUACUUCACUAUCUGGUGUUGAUUUAAUGGAUGAAACACAACAAGAUGUGUUUUCUUAUGGAACUCUGCAAAGAGAAGACACUUGGUGGCAAAUGAGUGACGAAGAAAAGAGUAAUUUCGAGUUGGUUCAGCACAUGAAUGUUUUCUUACGAGAAGAAUAUCAUUCUGUUGCUGAUAUUCUUUUUAAGGAUAUCCUCAAGAGUACUGAUGUCAGUGAUGUCCCUGUGACACCAAGAAAAACCAAGGAAAACGAACAGCAUGAUGCUUGCCGAUUGCAUGGAUCACUGGGAAUCAGUAAGGUUGCUGGAGUAUUGAAUAUAGUUGGAGGAACCACACCUAUCGUAGAACUUGUUGAAGAUCAUUGGAUGAUUGAUUUUAAAAGAACUCCUCUUAACUUUACACAUCGCAUAAAUCGUCUUAGUUUUGGUAGCUUUUCAAGGCGCAUUGUACAACCUUUGGAAGGAGAUGAGCGAAUAAUAGACGAAGAAUCCACUACAGUGCAAUAUUUCAUUAAAAUUGUUCCAACAGAAAUUCAAAAUACAUUUUCAACAUUCAAUACGUAUCAGUAUUCAGUUACUGAAAAUAUCCGCAAAUUAGAUUCUUCAAAGAACUCAUAUGGCUCAACAGGAAUAUAUUUCAAAUAUGAUUGGUCUGCUAUAAAGGUUAUUGUUCAGAGCGAUAGAGAUAAUGUGGUGCAAUUUGCAGUAAGACUUUGCUCAAUCAUCGCGGGAAUUGUUGUUCUUUCUGGAAUCAUUAAUUCUUUGUUAGUAGCUGUUCAAAAAACAAUUUUAAGUUUUAUGGCUCCUCACGUCAUGAAAAAUGAAUACCGUGCACCUCUUAUGAGUGAUAUCCCACAACAAGUUGCUGUUGAAAAUAACCUAAUCAGCAAUGCAAAUCGAAUGGCAUCAAAUGUGAUGCCAGUGAUGGUGCCAGUAGUGUCUCAGCAACAUUUUAUCUCACAAACUAAUAAAAUUAAUUAAGAAUCUCAAUUAAAACUUCCAAUAUUUUAUAUUAAUUUAAUUUACAAUAAAUAAAUUUAUUUUCUGAUUAAAAUUUUUU